AUGGCCCAACGUCAAAUGCUCAUCGUGUUCGAGACACUAAUGAACGACAAUAAGCGUCUCCUACAGACACCCUACGAUACAAGGCAUAGAAUUAGGCAACUUGCGUACUUUCGGAUGAUAUACGAAUUUGAUCUUGUGUGUCGUGAAAGCACCUGCAUGGACAUGCGAAUAUUCGCAAUUCUAUGCCACUUACUUAGGACUAUAGCUGGUCUUUCGUCGACAGAGAUUGUCGAUGUUGAGGAAAUGGUUGCGAUGUUCUUGCACGUCCUUGCGCAUGACGUGAAAAAUCGCAUAAUUCAACGGGAAUUUGUACGAUCCAGAGAGACAGUCUCGCGACAUUUUAACCUCGUCAUGUUGGCUAUGCUACAACUAUACAAUGAGUUGAUAAAGAAACACGUGUCGGUAACAAAUAACUGUUAUCCAAAUGCUGAGGGAUUUCUCGCCCCAUACAGAGGCCAGUGCUACCACUUGCAAAAGUGGCGUGGUGAUGGAAAUGCCCCAACGACUACAAAGGAAUACUUCAACAUGAAGCAAUCUUCGGCACUAAAUGUGAUUGAGCGCGCUUUCGAUGUUCUUAAGGGUCGUUGGGUAAUACUUCGUGGAAAGUCAUACUAUUCCCUCCAAAUGCAGUUUCUAUGUCGUAAAUGUCGAAUGUAA